AUGGCUACCCAAAAUACUUCCUGCAAACCUAUACUGACACCCCACCUGACCAGGCUCUACGGCGUGGUGCUCGUCGGAGGGCUGGUGGGCAUCAUCUCCAUUCUGUUCCUGCUGGUGAAGAUGAACACCCGGUCGGUGACCACCACGGCGGUCGUGAACCUGGUGGUGGUCCACAGCGUUUUCCUGCUGACGGUGCCUUUCCGCCUGUCCUACCUCGUCAGUCGCACGUGGACCUUCGGGUUGCCCUUCUGUAAGUUUGUGAGUGCCAUGCUGCACGUCCACAUGUACCUCACGUUCCUGUUCUACAUGGUGAUCCUGGUCAUCAGGUACCUCAUCUUCUUCAAGCGCAAGGACAAGGUGGAAUUCUACCGGAAGCUGCACGCGGUGGCCGCCAGUGUCGGCCUGUGGCUGCUGGUGGUUGUCAUCAUGGUGCCCCUGAUUGCUUCUCAGUACGGAAAAUACGCGGAGUAUGAUAGGCAGAACUGCUUUAACUUCCACAAGGAGCUGGCCCAUCCGUAUGUGCAGGUCGUCAACUAUUUGAUAGUCUCCUUUGUCAUAGUCGUCGCCGUGGUUCUCCUGGUCUUCCAGACCUUCAUCAUCAUGUCCAUGGUGCGGAAGCUCCGCCAUUCCUUGCUGUCCCACCAGGAGUUCUGGGCCCAGCUGAAGAACCUGUUUUUCAUAGGGAUCAUCGUCGUUUGCUUCCUUCCCUACCAGUUAUUUAGGAUCUAUUACUUGUACACCCUGGCACACUCCAAGGACUGUAACUACACUGCCAACUUUUAUAAUGAAAUCUUCUUGAGCGUAACGGCAAUUAGCUGCUUUGACUUGCUGCUCUUUGUUCUUGGGGGAAGCCACUGGAUUAAGCAGAAGAUCAUUGACCUAUGGAAUUACCUCCUGUGCCGUUAGCCACAAAAUACAGUGUUCAGAUUUACUGCCUUUAUAUUGGGAGUG